CUGCUGGGCGGGGCGACGCGGAACCCGGGUGGUGGCAGCUGCGGCGGCAGGAAAUCGGGGCUCGGCCCCGCCGGCGCGCGACCCCAUCCCCAUCCCGGCCCCUGCAGAGCGAUCCCCGGGCCCAGAUAUGGACGCAGCACAGCCGGGGCUCCCCCCGGCUCCUGAGGGCAGGAAGAGGUACAGUGACAUCUUCCGGAGCCUGGACAACCUCGAAAUCUCACUGGGGAACGUGACCCUUGAGAUGCUGGCUGGAGACCCUCUACUCUCAGAAGACCCAGAACCUGACAAGACCCCCACAGCCACUGCUACCAACCAAGCCAGCUGUUGGAGCGGCCCCUCCCCAGAGGGUCCCGUACCCCUCACAGGGGAGGAACUGGACUUGCGGCUCAUUCGGACCAAGGGGGGUGUGGACGCAGCCCUGGAAUAUGCCAAGACCUGGAGCCGCUAUGCCAAGGAACUGCUUGCCUGGACUGAAAAGAGAGCCAGCUAUGAGCUGGAGUUUGCUAAGAGCACCAUGAAGAUCGCUGAAGCUGGCAAGGUGUCCAUUCAACAGCAGAGCCACAUGCCUCUGCAGUACAUCUACACCCUGUUUCUGGAGCAUGAUCUCAGCCUGGGAGCCCUGGCCAUGGAGACAGUGGCCCAGCAGAGAAGAGACUACUACCAGCCCCUCGCCGCCAAAAGGACUGAGAUUGAGAAGUGGCGGAAGGAGUUCAAGGAGCAGUGGAUGAAGGAGCAGAAGCGGAUGAAUGAGGCGGUGCAGGCACUGCGGCGCGCCCAGCUGCAGUAUGUGCAACGCAGCGAGGACCUGCGGGCGCGCUCCCAGGGGUCCCCUGAGGACCCGUCCCCCCAGGCCUCGCCGGGACCUAGCAAGCAGCAGGAGCGACGGCGGCGCUCGCGGGAGGAGGCCCAGGCCAAGGCGCUGGAGGCCGAGGCGCUGUACCAGGCCUGUGUCCGCGAGGCCAACGCGCGGCAGCAGGACCUGGAGAUCGCCAAGCAGCGAAUCGUGUCGCACGUGCGCAAGCUGGUGUUUCAGGGGGAUGAAGUGCUGAGGCGGGUGACCCUGGGUCUCUUUGGGCUGUGCGGCGCGCAGGCCGAGCGUGGCCCCCGUGCCUUCGCGGCCCUGGCCGAGUGCUGUGCGCCCUUUGAGCCGGGCCAGCGCUACCAGGAGUUCGUACGGGCGCUGCGGCCCGAGGCCCCGCCCCCGCCUCCGCCCGCCUUCUCUUUCCAGGAGUUCGUUCCCUCCGUGAACAGCUCCCCUCUGGACAUCAGAAAGAAGCUCUCUGGGCCUCUACCUCCAAGGCUGGAUGAGAAUUCAGCUGAGCCAGGCCCUUGGGAGGAUCCGGGCACAGGCUGGCGCUGGCAAGGGACUCCAGGCCCCACUCCGGGCAGUGAUGUGGACAGUGUGGGUGGCGGCAGCGAGUCUCGGUCCCUGGACUCUCCCACUUCCAGCCCAGCCCAGGAAUCUCCCAUGAUUCCUCUGACCCCAGGCGCUGGCACGAGGCGGCUGGUGAAGGCUUCGUCCACAGGCACUGAGUCCUCAGAUGACUUUGAGGAGCGAGACCCUGACCUGGGAGACGGGCUGGAGAAUGGGCUGGGCAGCCCCUUCAGGAAGUGGACACUGUCCAGCGCGGCUCAGACCCACCGGCUGCGGCGACUGCGGGGCCCGGCCAAGUGCCGUGAGUGCGAAGCCUUCAUGGUCAGCGGGACGGAGUGUGAGGAGUGCUUUCUGACCUGCCACAAGCGCUGCCUGGAGACUCUCCUGAUCCUCUGUGGACACAGGCGGCUACCAGCACGGACACCCCUCUUUGGGGUCGACUUCCUGCAGCUACCCAGGGACUUCCCGGAGGAGGUACCCUUUGUGGUCACGAAGUGCACGGCUGAGAUAGAACACCGCGCCCUGGAUGUGCAGGGCAUUUACCGGGUCAGCGGGUCCCGGGUCCGUGUGGAGCGGCUGUGCCAGGCUUUCGAGAAUGGCCGAGCGUUGGUGGAGCUGUCAGGGAACUCGCCUCAUGAUGUCUCGAGUGUUCUCAAGCGAUUUCUUCAGGAGCUCACCGACCCCGUGAUCCCCUUCCACCUCUACGAUGCCUUCAUCUCUCUGGCUAAGACCUUGCAUGCAGACCCUGGGGACGACCCUGGGACCCCCAGCCCCAGCCCUGAGGUUAUCUGCUCGCUGAAGACCCUCUUGGUACAGCUGCCUGACUCUAACUACAACACCCUGCGGCACCUGGUGGCCCAUCUGUUCAGGGUGGCUGCACGGUUUAUGGAAAACAAGAUGUCUGCCAACAACUUGGGCAUUGUGUUUGGGCCGACACUGCUGCGGCCGCCGGACAGCCCACGGGGAGCCGGCGCCAUCCCUGUCACCUGCCUGCUGGACUCUGGGCAUCAGGCCCAGCUUGUGGAGUUCCUCAUUGUGCACUACGAGCAGAUCUUUGGGAUGGAUGAGCUCCCCCAGGCCACUGAGCCCCCGCCCCAAGACUCCAGCCCAGCCCCUGGGCCCCUCACAGCCAGCUCCCAACCGCCACCCCUGGACCUUGACCCGGACUCCCAGCCCCCAGUCCUAGCCUCGGACCCCGGCCCGGACCCCGGCCCAGACCCCCAACCCCACAGUGCCCUGGAGCAGCAUCCCACAGCCACACCCACCGAGGAAGAAGCCCUCAGCUCUCCAGGAAUCUCAAAGAACUGGGAUUUUAGUGUUGGGGUCGGUUUCUCCCUGCAGAUCCCAACUCCACAGAGUGACCAGAGAGAGGAUGUGGCUGAAGACACCAAAGAUGGGGGAGGGGAAGUGUCCAGCCAAGGCCCAGAGGACACACUCCUGGGGACACAGUCUCGUGGCCACUUCAGCCGCCAGCCAGUGAAGUAUCCUCGGGGUGGUGUGAGGCCUGUAACCCACCAGCUGUCCAGUCUGGCCCUGGUGGCUUCCAAGCUGUGCGAGGAGACCCCCAUCACAUCAGUGCCCAGAGGGAGUUUGCGGGGGCGGGGGCCUAGCCCUGCAGCUGCCUCCCCUGAGGGCAGCCCCCUGCGCCGCACUGCGCUGCCCAAGCAUUUUGAGAUCACCCAGGAGACAGCCCGGCUACUCUCCAAACUGGACAGCGAGGCUGUGCCCAGGGCCACCUGCUGCCCGGAUGUCCAGCCUGAGGAAGCCGAGGACCAUCUGUGACCACCCUGGCACACUAAAUAAGGAAGAAGCCCAGAUUGUGAAGACGGACGCAAUCUCCCUACCUCCCACCACCUGGUGGCCAAACAGCCUGCCAGGAGUUCAAUACUAGGAGAGGUCCAGAGGGUUCCUAUAAGGAAAAACUAUUUAAUACGUGGCCUACGGGAGGCCUAAAACCCUUUCGGGGGCAAUGUCCUGGAAUCCCCCAACUGGACACAGGUCACUGCCAAGCAUCAGGGCCACUCAGGCUCAGAGGUCACUCAGGAUCAAUACUCAGGGUCAAUACAGGUUUAUGAGAUCCUUGGGGUUCACCCUAGUCUCCCACCCCUGGGACAGGGGUGCUUUCGCUACUUUGGUUGUGGUCACUCCCCCACACCUGCCUGCCCCCUUCGUGGACUUGAAGUGACCUUCCUGGAGGAGGUGGGCAGCUCAGACUCCACAUCCUGGUGGUGCCUGGGGGUCUGAUGGCCUCUAAUAAACUGUGUCCUGUA